AUGGCGCCAGUUCGCGGCCGUAAUGCAGUCACAAAUGGCGGGGAGAUGAUGAAGUGGAGCAGGUCCCUCCGUGGAAAGUCAAGCGGUAGCAGAUGAUCUGAGUUGAAGCAGCCGCGAUAUACAGCGACGCCCAACCUACGCGAUAGUCUGAUCUCUGUCUUCUUCUUCUCCUGACGAAGCAACCACGGCAUCACUUUUCUCAGCGAUGACAACCGCGUGUUCGCAUGUCAGCCUUUAAUUGAAGAUAUUAUCUACUUUAUGGAAAUAUUUAAUUAUUGAUAAAACAAAAUUUUAAAGAUACUCCCGUUGACAAGUUCAAAGGGCUAAGGAAAGCCAUUGAUUAGAGUACUAUUUCUAGUGGAUGGGAGUCCAGUUAGAAAGACUUUCUGGCGUCUUAUUGGUUGGUAGUUUUGUUUCCCAUUACGGUGCACGGAGAGAGUGACAUCGUUAUCGAUGAAAAUAGUGGUGCCUCACCUUGUCCCACCGAGGGAGGGAAGGAGCAAGGGAGAGAGAAUUAUUGAGCGAGGUGAAGAAAUCUUGAGAGAGAGAAAGAGAGAGAGAGAGGAGGAGGAGGAGGGAAGAUGGUGGCAGUGGGACAAGCUCGUACGAGUAAUCUAUCAGGAUGAGUUCUUUGCGUCGGCGACGACCCAUGUCUAGGCCUAACCCUUAAUUAACUAAUGUACCCGUCAUCCUCGAGAGAGGAAGCGACGAACACCACCCCAUCGCCCCUCCCUCUCCGGCGAGAAUCACGUAGGCCGCCGGCGUCUUCAUUUCCAGCGCGUCGAUAACCUUUCCCCAAUUAAGAUAUUAUGUCCUCUUUUCCCAGAACGAGAGAUGGAUGCCCCCCCGCCCAUGGUCCCCCCCAUCGGUCAUCAUCCUCUUUAUAGCUUUCUCAUCUCUCUCUGUCUCUCGCUACCUCGCAGUUCGCCGAGAGAAUUUUAUAAAGGCAGGCGUUGUACAGCCUCCUCCUCCCCGCUUCCAAUCCGAUGCCAUCCAAAAGACGGCGGUGGGCCGGGUGUCACCUCGGGAAGCCGGCGACGACGAGGUCCCGGCGGCUCAUGUGGGCGGAACGGGGAGUAAAUGGCGUUGCCCUCAACCUCUGCACGCCACCCGUCGCCUGAUCACUGUUCAUGGCGUCAUUCAACCCUCAAAUGGCACCACCAUGCAACAACAGGCACUGCCCCCCUACGCAUCUAACUCCAUAUAA